UUCAUAGCGCGCAGGGCCCUACUUCAUAGCGCGCCGGACCCUGCUUCCCGACGCGCAGAAUCCUGCUUCAUAGCGCGCAGGAUCCUGCUUCACAGCGCGCAGGAUCGCCGAGGAAGAGCAUCACCCCCUUCCUUCGUCCCCGCCUCCGUCGUUCGCUUCCGUCGUCCUCGCCUCCGUCGUUCCCUUCCGUCUUCCCCGCUCCGCUCCCCCCCUUCCCCUCACCUCACACUCCCUUCCCUCCCGUCAUCCGCUUCGCCCUUCCCCUCCCUCACGCCAUGAUCAUGGCGCCCUUCCCCCCUCCUCCCAUCCACACGGCGGUGUGCUCCUCUUUGGCGACCGACGAGCUCAAGCUCCUCCCCCUCCCCCUCCUCUUUCCCCUCUCCCUUCCCUCCUGUCCUCUCCCUCCCCUCCUGUCCUCGCUUACCCCUCCUGUCCACGCUCACCCCUUCAAUUCCCCUUCUCGUCCCUCGUUCGUUCCUCCCCUUACCUCUUCUCCCCCUCCCAUUCCCCUUACCUCACAUCCCCCUCCCCUUCAUCAUUCGCUUAGUCCCUCCCCUCCCUCCCGCCGUGAUUGUGGCGCCUUCCGUGUUUAUGAUGCCUUACGCCUUCCGUGAUUAUGGUGUCUUCCGUGUUGAUGGCGCCUUCCGUGUUCAUGGCGCCUUCCCUCCUGCACGUGAGGCGCGAGCCAGACGCAGCGCUCGCUUUCAUCGCGAGCCAGACGCAGCACUCGCUUUUAUCGCGCACCUGACGGUUCUCGUCCUGCGAGGCGCGUGCGUCGUCCUGCGAGGGGCGCGUUCACCGUUCACCGUCCGACGAGGGGCGUUAAGAUCGUCCUGCGAGGCGCGUUAGGAUCGUCCUGCGAGGGGCGUCAGUAUCGUCCGCGCGGCGCGGUAGUGUCGUCCGACGAAGCGAACUCACCGUUCGCCGUCCGACGAAGGGCGUUAAGGUCGUCCGACGAGGGGCGCGUUCAUCGUCCUGCG